ACAAGCGGAUCCAGUUGAAGAGUCUUUGUCGGGGCUCCGACAGUCUUUAAAGUUUUACUAAAAAUAUCCCCAAAAAAAUUCAAAAGCCGUUUGCUUUUUUGAAAGUUCCAUGGCGGAUGAGAAGGAGAUCAUCGAUAUUUGUAGCUCCGAUGAGGAAGACGAAGAAAACGAUAUAAAUGGCGAGACCAGUGAAGAAGACGAGGGAGAAGAAGAUGAUGAUGAUGAUGAAGAAGAAGAUGAUGAUCGGAGCUUGAGUGGAGAUGAUAGCGAAUGGAGUGAAGAUGACUCCACGGAUUCAAAUUCAGACUUCGAUGAUGACGAAGAUGAAGAUGACGACGAAGAUGAUGAGGAAGAUGAUGAAGACUCUCUUGUAGAUAAAGUCACUCGCCUGCUCAAGGGUUUAUCUAUUUAGGGUUUAUGAAUCUUGAUUGCUAUCAGUGUCUCGUUGAACUUGUAUGGACUUAUUAUUAAAUAUUAUAAAUGUAACGAUUGAUUAAUGAGUUCGUUUCUUUAGAUUA